AUGUGUAGGCACACUCAGUCCAUCCUCUCUGCUGUGCUUGGCAAGCUUGGUCUGGUGAAAUCACACCCCUUGUCCCCUACACUGGACUAUAAAGGGAAAUUGCAGAUUAGAUAAACCACAAGCUCAACACCACUAACCAUCAUGUUUUCUCUUUUUUUCUCUCUUCCCCCUCUCCUUACUUCCUCCAGAACCCCUAACCCUCUUCCCCCUUUCCCAUCUCCCUCACCUCCCCCCCUUACAGACGAGACAGCUAUGCAGUCCUUCCGUGAGCGCAGCGGUGGUUACCACAACCAACCCUGCUACCAGCAGGAGCCCCAUGAAUUAGCCCAGCUGGAGACCUAUCGGCAACACCCACAUCAUCCCCAUCCCCAGCACCCGCAUCCAGGUCCUGGUCCACAUCCAGGCCCAGGUCCAGGGCACACCAGGCCAGGCUAUGAGGCCCUUUCACUGGCAAACCCAACAAGCAUGCCUCCAGCCGGAGGACCCGACACUGGAGGAGGACCCAAGGACUGUUACACCCAGCAGGCUUACCCUGGAUACCCAGAUGGUGGUGGGAAUGGAAGUGGAAACGUGGGCACAGCUUCCCCACAGGCUAAGAAAUCCUACAGAGCAAGCAAAGUUCCCCCAACCAACCCAGGGUCAGCACCUACAGAGUCCUGGGCCUACAGUAACCACAUGGGGCCUGGAAAUUACUCAGCCCAGUAUAUAAGUGAGGGCCACCUCCAGCAGAAAUGGGAGGACCAAGCCCAGCUAGCACAGUAUGACCAGGAGAUGGUCGCCCGCCUGGAAGGUAGUGGUACCCCUGCCCCUGUUUCCUCCCAGUACCUGGACCAGAACAUGAUGGGCCACUCCCAGACUCAGUGCCACCAGCCUUCCAACCCUGCCUAUACCAGCCCCCAUCACCAGCCACACCCUCCUAACCCUUCUCCAUCCCCUCUCAUGUACCCCCAGAGUCACCUGCACUACCCGCAGCACUCCCCCUCUCCUUCACCAUACAUGGAAAAGUGCAGCCCAAUGCCCCAUUGUUAUAGGUACAACAUGCCAACCAACUCUCAGUGCAGACAAAUGAGUAGCCACAGCAAUCUGAAGCAGGGUGCUUACAGAUCAACUCAGAACAGUUAUGGCUAUCAGCAGCCUCCCUCAAGAGGUUAUGAACAGCAUCCCCCUUUACAGGCCAUGACCAACACCCAGGAGCCCAUCAAAUAUCAACCACUACACCAACCCCAACAAAACUACUGUCCUGUCUGAUCUCUCCUGUCAGAUCCCAGACAGUAUUAUCAGACCUGUAGCCCUCCUCAAGCCACUCCCAGCACGCUCUGUGGGGCGCUCCCUUCAUACAGCUCCACCCCUUCGCCACUUAUGACCAAUCCAGAGUAGUUCCAGUAUGGUCAACCUCCCAUGACACCUGGGGCAGCCUCCUCUUCCUCAUCGUCUUCAGCUGGUAUGCAGGAGCCCAGUACCAAUACAAUGUUGAUGCCAUCACGCUCACACCCCUCACCCAAUGUGCCCCAUGCAGCACCGCAUAGCUACACUACCACACCGCAGGUCCCAACCAUGAAAGAACGCUUCUCAGAGAAGUUGUUGUCAAACCCAAGCUUGUGGAGUCUGAAUGCACUGACCUCGCAGGUAGACAUCUCUAACAAUGUCCAGCAGCUGCUGCUUUCAGAGGCUCUGGUGUCAAACAAAAAGGGAAGUAAACGCAGCAGCGGAGGAAGCAACAGCAGUGUAGGAAGUGGGGCAUCCUCCAAAAAAGGUGAAGAGUACAAAAGUCCUCCAUAUCCAGAUAGUGGUGCUGGAAGUGUUGGUGGAAGCUCCAUGCAGGACCCUUACUCUACCCCACAGCAUCAGCCAAUGCAUGAGCUCCAUGAGGGAGGCUACUCCAGCAGUAUGGACGACACUGGAGGGGCUAGCUCCUACUGUGGCCAGGGCAGAAGUCCAGCACAGGCCCCAAAUAAUGCACAACUAAGCUUGGAUACAGCCUCAUCAUGCUCUAUGACAUCACCAGAUGAUAUGUCCACCAGAUCUGGGGACUCGGGUCUUCACAACCUUACCCCUGACCCGACUAGAUUGUCAGUCAGGGCAGGGAGGAGAUGGAUGAGUACUCCAGUAAAGAGCAUUGGUGAUGAGAGGUCACCCACAAGUAUUGCAAUCCCUAGUCCCAUGAAACAAGAAAGGGACUCUCCCUCAGACAUACAGCAUAUCAGACCUGUCAAAGAAAACUUUGAGGAAUCAGCAUGGACAGAGAAACCCACAGACAAAGAGGAGGUGACGACAGAUAAAACCCCUGACCAUGACAGCGAUGCAGACAUUACUAAGUCAGCAGAGACUCUGGAGAAAUGGUCAGACGAGGAAUGCUCAGCUCAAUACAGCGACCUAAACAAAGAGGAGACAGGACAAGACUACUGCUAUAAGGAGACAGUGUACCAACAGGUCCAGAGUAAAUAUGACUCUGACGCAAGAGACUCAGUAGAGCAGUCCCCAGCAGCUCUCUCUGACUCCAGCCACAAGGAGCACUUUGUCAAUGAGAUGAAAUCUGAGGCAUGCAAAUCUGAGUCACCCACUGCCUCUGAGAGCUCAGUGAAAACACUGCCUUUCGUUUCUAGGGGUGACCUUGAACAGGAUCAAUACUCAACAGAGAAGGAUGACAGUUCUGAGAACGCCUCCCCAACCUCCCAAGUCGAGGUCUUGGAUGAGAGCAACUUGGACAAGAGAUCAAGUAGAAAUGCAGAGGAUGAAGAAGAGGGAGGAGAAGAAGAGGAGGUUGUUAAAGAGGAAAAAGAAAUAGAGAAACAACCGCUACAUAUUCUUUCCCCUCCUCUGCAUGCCGAUGUAAAGGGGGAACUGGGGGAGGAAGAAAAAGUGAGCAAGUCAUCGACUGAGGAGCACAUGAAUAAUAGAGAUGGGCCAGAGAAGCCUGUUGGAGAUCUCUGCAGCAGGACAGAGAGUCAGACUACUGAGCUCCUUAUUGAUGAGUCUGCAGGGGCACCUGCCCACCCAAAUCCAGCAGCAGUAACAGCAGCAGCAGAAGCUUCUGCAAGGGAGUCAGCCAUCGGUGACACUGCCCCUCAGCCUCAGUCUGCUAUGCCAGUCUUCUCAGCUCUUAAUGACAAGGGGACACUUCAGGCGAGGGAUCAUAUAGAUCACAGUGACGCUAAGGUGCUGGAGCCAGACUCUCCCCAGCUCCCAGGAAAGUCGAUACUUCCCUCACCCCCCUGGGCAGACACUCCACCCUCCCCCAAAAAAGGUGAUGAAGACAUGGAGCCGGGCAUCAGCUGCGCCAGUGCUGUGACUCCCUUGGCCAAGCCAGAGCCCGUUGCUCCAUCUGCUCAGCCGAGAGCAUUUGGACGCAAGCAUGCCAGGGGCAGAAGAAGACUCAUGCAGUCAGGUGUGGGAAUCAGGCGACAGCUAAGCUUGGAGAAGGAGGGAGAGGAAGAUGUAAGUGCUCCCCUCACCUCACAGAAAACAUGCAUGCCUCCAAGUAAAACUGUGCUAUUUCAGAUCAAAGUGGACCUAGCUCAUCAGGAGUCUAUUGUGAGCCAGAACUCCACGCUGAGUGAUGGUUUUAGAUCAAGAAUGUGCACCCGCUCAUAUGCACUUGAGUUGCCACCCAAAGUUGAGCCUCAUGUUAAGAGAAAACCAGGUCCAAAACCAGGUCCGAAGCCUGGACUCAAACCAGGGCCAAAAAUGACCAGACCAGGGCCAAAACCAGGUCUAAAACCAGGGCCAAAACCAGGCCUAAAGCCUGGACCGAAGCCCGGAUUAAAACCUGGACCUAAACCAGGACAACCUGUGCCAAAUGAACCAGAGCUGCCACUGAAAAUUGCGACUCCUCUGAGACGAAAACCAGGACCGAAACCAGGUUCAAAACCUGGACCGAAACCUGGGCCACAACCUGGAUUAAAACCUGGACCCAAACAAGGUACCAAAGCAGCUACUAAACCAGCUCUUAAACCAGGACCUAAGCCUGGACCCAAACCUGCAGAUGUUUUACAGCCUGUUGAUACUACACCUUUAAAGGCCUCUGUGGGUCGACCUAAAGGCUCAGUUUCUAAAGCAAAGCAGAUACAACAAGAAGAAACCAUCCAGCCUCUGAAUGCACAGCAAAGCAGGAACAGAAGAACCCAAAAACUGACAUCAAUAUUGAACCAGGAGGAGAAACAAGCAAACCAAGACGAAAAGGUGCCAGAGAAAGAGAGUCAGAACAUGGUCUUAAGGUCCAGAAAGCCUUCACAAGAAAAGACCUCAAAAGAAAAAGAUAAAUUUGUGGGGGAGAAUAUUGUUCCUAAGACCAUAACUGACACGAAAGCCAGUAAUAAUUCUCAAAUAGAGGGGUCCAUCACCUGGAAGAAAAGCAUACUAACCACUGCUAAUACAGCUAAAAACACAGAUGUUCCAGCUGACACACCUGCACCAGUUGCAGCACCACUCCCAACUGAACAAUCUGAAGAAAAGACAUCGCUUCCACUCAAACGGAAACCUAGCCCUGAACUUUCUGUUGCACCAAUAAAGAAAAAGAGGGGUCCAAAACCCAAACCUAAACCCUUACCACCUGAACCCUCUCUGGAAGAAAUUUUCUCAACAUCGUCGGAGAAAAGUGUUGUGGGCCCGACAAGGAGCGAGGGUCACCGGAAGAAAACUACUGUUGUUGUUGCUCCCCCAACCAUCAGUGAGCCUGAUAUCACGAGUGAUGUGCCUGUGGUGGCUCCUCAGUGGCCCACUAAAACAAAAGUUCUCCCACCACGCAAAGGUAGGGGGCAGAAAUAUGAGGCCAUGGUGCAGAAAAUUACUUCUUCUAGCUUGAAGAAGCACACUCCAAUUCCCCAGAUAGACAGCAAUCUUACUGAUGAUGUGACAUCCAAGCUUUUGUCUCAACAGCUUUUAAAGGAAGAUGAGAUCUCGAUUCUCCUGCAUAGCCCUGAGAUAACAGAGGGAGAAGGGAAAAGCAUAGAGACUAGACAAGAAGGAGGGAAACAACAGAGUAAAGAAGAGACAACACAAGAAAAAGAAAAACGUGUGCUGAGUCAAGAGGCAUUGUCACAAAAGGGGCGAACAGGGUCUGAAGAAAAUGUUGUAAAAAAUGAGGACACCAGACAGGAAAACCAAAAAGCAGGGACACCACAGCAUGGUGGAGCUGAUAAGGUUUGGAGCUCAACGGAGGCCCCAGUAGAAGUCAGGGCUCAAGGAAAGUUGACACAACAGGCUUCAGAAGAUUUAUCUUUGACUGCCAACAAUUCCUCAAGAACUAAAAGAAAGAGAUGGGCCAUGGUUGAGAGUACAGAUACCUCAGUUGUAGCACUGGAAGCAGAUAGUCUAAUAGUUACGACACCAAGGCUAGCCAAGCAGAGGGCUAUCAAAAACAACCAUGAGAUGCUGAAGCAGAGGAGAAAGAAGAGAAAAGGCCAAGCUGUUCAAGAGAAAACAGAGCCAGUGGAGGAGAUACUUGUUGAAACAGCAGAACAACAAACAGAGAGGGUAGAAGAGAAAGCAACCCUUACAGCAUCCACAGUACCUCUGCCAAUAAGCCCAGAUACCACAGAAGCCCCCCAGGUUACCAGCACAGAACUUAUCCAGAAACCAAGGAGAGGCAGAAAACCAUCAACAAAUCCAACUAAAAGGAAACGUGGCAAAAGCUCGUCAGAACUGAUUCCCGGAAAGCCUAAAGGUCCAUAAACACCUGGGCCAAAACCUGGGAUGAAAGAUGCAAUUGAGGUUAUUGAGGCCGUAGUAAGAGCUGCAGGAUGUGAAUCAGAUGCAAGGGAGGAAAGGAAAAAGAAAGACAAGGAAAGAGAAAUAAAGGAAAGUCCGGAGACAUCCAUUAUUGGUCCUGUAGUGACAGUCUCAGAUAAAAAGACUGAGACCAUUACAGUCAAAAGAUUCAGGCGUAGACCAGUCUAUCAAAACCCUAAACUGUCCUUUUGUCCUUAUGUACGGAUUAACAACUCCAGAGACUUUUCCUCGUGGUGUUCCGUAGUCAACAAACCUGAGGAUGCAGUAAUAUUUCAGAGACAGAAAAAGGGAAUACUCCGAAUGAGGAAUCCUUUCACUGUUGCCAAGGUAGUGCCACACACUGCUGCCUUGCUACAAGGACCUUUAGUAAACAGAAACCUAAUAGAUAGGUGUCUAACAUGUAGCUUGUGUGGAAAGCCAGCAAAUUACAGAGACCUGGGUGACUUAUGUGGACCAUACUACACGGAGGAUAGCAUUCCACGGAAACUUUUGAACAGUCACACAGAAUCUCUCAGGAUAGAGUCAGAGAAGACAAAUGACAGCAACAGUAGCAACAGUGAAGAAACAGGCGACUCCCCCAAGAAGGAGUGCGAGGUUAGCACAAAAGAGGAGGGCAACUCUGAGGCAUCCCCACAAGAGGGCAGUAGCAGCAGCAGCAGUAGUAGUGGUAGGCACCAUCAUUGGCGCCACAGACGUGCAGAGAGAACAGAAAAUGGUCAGGAUGGUGGUCCACGAAGAGUAACGCUCAGAGAGAGGUUCAGGAGGAUGAAGCAGCUCCAGUCUGUCAGCACAGGGGCUUCAGGUAACCAGGAGGGCACUGAUAGCAUGUUCCAAAGGUUACAAGUGGAGGCAGAGGCUAAAGAGCACUGGGCGCAUGAAACUGUUGCCAUCUGGACCAAGGUUAUUAUGGUAGCUGGGAGACUAUACGGACUGAAAGAGGCUGCCAACAACUCAGCCAAAACGAACUGCUACAAGUGCCAGAUUGUGGGGGCGUCCCUCAGCUGCUGUUGGAGAGGCUGCUCUCAUAAAUACCACUAUGUCUGCGCCAAAGAGAUAGGCUGCACAUUCCAUGAGGAGGACUUCUCCAUCAAAUGUCCCAAACAUGAGGACCUGUAGAUAUAUUCUAGUACACCACCACCACCAAAACCUUCUCACAGCCGGUCAAGCAUCACCUUUCUAGUAAGGCCAACAGGAACGCAAACGGUCCAAACAGCCCCCUGAACCUGAAAACACGGUGUG